AUGCCGCCACGCGCGCAGUCCCCGCGCCCAGUCAGCACCAUCCCCCCAUCCGCGUCCCCGCUCUUCUCCGCGCGCCCCUUCCUGCUCGGCGCGGCCGUCGCGCUGCUGCUCUCGCAGGUGGCGCUUCUCGCGCGCCUCCAAACCCCCGAUGCGCCGCUUCUCCGCGCCGCUAAUGCGGGCGGAUCGGCGGGGGGCGUUAGUAGCUUGGGAAAUUUGGGUGACCGCGAGGCCGCUGUGGAUUCGCAGGGCGACGGCAGUCAGUCGCAGGGCGAUGGCGAUCAGUCGCAGUCGCAGCAGCAGUCGCAGGAGAUGGCCGUGCUGCGGAAUGUCACGGAGCUGGCGCAAUGGGCGGCGGAAAUCGCGGACGCGCUGAGGGCAGUGUUCCCCGAUAUGAUGGAGUGA